AUGUUCAUGUGGUAUCAGAACGCAGGGGUGUGUUAUGUCUACCUCAGUGACGUCAGCAGUAUUUCCGACUUCUCGAGAAGUCAGUGGUUCACCCGAGGAUGGACAUUGCAAGAGUUAAUCGCGCCCGAUGUUGUGGUGUUCCUGGACUCAAAUUGGCGCGAAAUGGGAUCAAAAGCGUCGUUGAUGCCGACCGUCUCCAAUGUUACUGGUAUAGAUGAGGGGGUCCUGGGGUCUUUGCGACCGAGACAGAACAUAAGUGAUACCCUUCGCCAGCAGAGUGUCGCUAGCAAGUUGUCCUGGGCUGCAAGUAGGACUACAACCCGGAUCGAAGAUGGGGCUUAUUGCCUCCUGGGGUUGUUCGAUGUCAAUAUGCCGCUUCUUUACGGCGAAGGGGAGAAGGCUUUCCGACGGUUACAGCGGGAGAUCAUGAAUGAAUCGGACGACGAGUCAAUAUUCUGUUGGGCCUUUACAGACGAGCGGUUCACUGGCAGCUUUACUGGGCUUCUUGCUGGUUCCCCUCGCGUCUUCAAGGGACUUAACGACAUGCGAUUUGACCGUGAACUUCAAGGCAGCGUCCAAAAUGAGAUUGAGAUUUCUAAAAACCGCGUGCAAAUGCACGUCUCAACUCUUGGCACCCCUCGUAGCCACGCGGAGUUACUGUUUUCUAUUCGCCGAGUUCUCGAUCCCCGUGUAUCGCUUUUCUCCACAGCUUAUGGCGAGGACGGACGUGACUUGAAGGUUUUUGAUGCAGUGAUUAGUGUGCUUCAGUGCAGGGUCCAGCUUGGGAGAGUAGUGCUUCUACUUGUGAACAACGAAUCCGGCUCCUUCACCCGAUAUCAUUUCGAUGGGCAUCUAUACUUCAUCGAGGACUGUGUGUCCUUACCGCCGCCGCAGAAGGUGCAAAUAUUAUUGGAACGACGCCGUCAUCAGGACGCCAUUUCACCGAUUCCUUCUGUCCGCAUGGUCUCACGUGUAAGCAGACUUGGAUAUAGACUCUGGGCUACAUCGACAGCUAUUCGUCCCGAUUCGGGACAGAAACAUACAUGGUGGCUUGAAGCCAGAGGAGGCAGAGGAUUUCUGCUUUUUGAGAACCUCCAUCAACCGAAAUGGCUCUCCUGUGCGAUUUUCUAUCAAUACGAGCCGAACGAGAAUCACCUCAAGUUACACUUCGGCUCUGUGGACGAGGACUUCAUGCCUGACGAUGCCAAAGCUGCGGCCCUGAGUGCAGAGUAUAGGGAUACUCGGGAACUUAGCCAGCUGAAUUCAAGGCAGAAGAGUGGCGAAGAGCUCGUGCUAAAGGUGCGGAUGCAUCCUCACUGGUGUGAGCUGAUUUUGGUCGCUAAACACUAG